AUGUUCAAAGGUGAAGAAGAAAUCCGACAGUUAAAAGAACAUCCCAGAGAUGUGAACAUUACAAUUGGUGAACACCUGCAAUUAAAAUGUGAAUCAGAUGAUAGAAAUAAAUCACAAAUAACCUGGUACCAUAACAAUAAUUUAAUUGAUGGACUUAGGAAUAAACUAUUAACAAUACAAGACAAUCACACACUGAGGUCCCAAUCAUCUAACAAGCCUAACCAUUACAAACAACUUUCUGGAGUUUAUUACUGCAUUGCUACCAAUCCAGAAACUAAAUCCAUUUUUGUAAGUAGGAAUGCAACAGUGAAAUUUAUAAGCCAGAAAAUCCUUGAGCCUCCAAGAUCGACAGAUGUUUCACUAGGCUGGACGGUCAUGUUGAACUGUCGACCUCAACAAGUUGAUGCAACAAUCACCUGGAUGAAAGAUGACGUGAAGUUGAAUGAGUCCAACAAAAUUUUGCUCUUCAGAAAUGGUUCAAUCAUCAUUAAAGAUAUAAGGAAAGAUGAUAUUGGCACUUACUCUUGUGUCAUCAACAUUAACAAUGCUCAAAAAAUUACUUUUGAAUCUAAACUCAUUUUGAAAGAGGGACCAAAAAUUUUGCUUGGUCCCGACAGCUUGCAGUUGAAGCAGGGAUCCGAUGCUCGUUUUUCUUGUCAGGUCAUUGGAGAUCCAGAACCAGUCAUUGAGUGGUCCAAAGUUCCUGGAAUCAUGCCAAAGACCAGACUCAGCAUACUGGAGGACAAGAGUUUGGUAUUGAAGCAGUUGAAGCCUUCUGACGAAGGAAUCUACACAUGCAAGGCCAGCAAUCAGUUUGGAGUUGCAAUGGCUGAAGCUAACUUGACAGUCUUCAGUUAG